CAGGCAAGCGCAAUUCCGGCGAAAAAAAGUCCAGCAUUUUCAACUCCAGUUUACUCGGACUCUUAUUUGCCAGCAGCGAUGCAGGUUAUUUUUUACGCGGUUGAGCAGCUGAAAGCUCUUCAAGUGGAAGAAACAGAGCAAACGACAAUGAUACCAACGACGGAAGUAACAACGACCGUAAUAACAACGACAAUUUCAACUACUAGUUCUCAUAAGCCGGGACAACAGCAACCAGAAACAACAGUUCCAUCGAUUGAAGAAUCCUCAACAGAAAAGCCUGUAUUAAGUCAAGAGGCAUCGAUUGUUGAGACGGUUAAUUCAAAUGACAAUGCUAGUACUCUCUCAAGCGACAAUGAAACGCCAGAAAUAGGCGAAGAAACCCCAGAAAUAAAUUAUGGAACCCCCGAGACAAAUCACGAAAUCCCUGAAGAAAGCCAUGAGAAACCAGAAGUUAAUCAAGAGACUCCUCAACCAGAAAAAGACAUUACGCUGGUAGAUUACUCAAAGGAUAAACUCACCGAUCCAGUCUUUACAGCUUCAAUUAGCGAUGAAACUCACCAAAGUAAUAAGCCCAGUUCCUUGCCGGCGUCAUCAUCGUCUUCAGAAGAGGACUCGUCUGAGGAAGAUAAAGAUGAAAAGGAUGAGAAAAAAAAAGAACCUACUGUCGAUAGUGUUGUUCAAGAAAUUUAUGGUAUCAUGAAGCCUCAGAAUAAAAGUAAGAAUUCUAAGGAAUCUGAGUCAAAUGAGUCUCGAGAGUCUAGCGAUGAAAGCGAUGAAGAAGAGAAUGAAGAAAAUAGGUUCACAUUACUGGGCGAAAAAGUAACGCAAGUUCCACGACCAAGUCUAUCGACCUACCUGAGACGUUCCAAGAUACCUCCCAAGUGUUCCGUUCAACAAUUAGCCCUUUUGUACGAUGCACUGAGUAAAGACGCGAGAAAGCAAGGCUUCGCUAAAUUUUCGGGCUACUCCGAUGAAGUUCUGAAGACCCUUAAAACAUCCGCGGAAGGUGGAAUAGGGCCGCAGCUUCAAAAGCUCUUGGAAAAAAUCUUAGAGCGCAACGACGUCACUAGAGACGAUGCCAAGACCAAGAUCACUGCAAUGCUCAAAGAACUCAAAGAACCCGUCAGUGAAGUUAAUAAAGACCUUAGACUUCUGCUGCCACUACGCUUCAACCCUUAA